GAAAUGUAAACACUAGUUUUAGUGUAGUUAGUAAACUUAAGUAAACAAAGCUCGGUUUAAAAUAUUUAAAUACUAGGCCUAGACCAUAGACAAAAUAAUAUAGAUCUAUUACUUAGGCCUACGUCUCACUGACUAUUGAUCUACUAUGGCAUAUAAAGGGCCUGUAGCAAGCCUUUUUAAAAGUCAGAUCUUGCAUCCACACCGAAUAAAAUGUGCUCUUGUGCAACCUACUUGGGCACGUAGUCUUUCUUCAGUAACAGAAAUGUUGAAAUGCCCUUACAUCCCUCGAAGAACUGUUAUGUAUGUACCUGGUCACGACAAAAAAAAAUUGAGCAAAAUUCCCCACUUGGGCGUAGACUGUGCAGUGUUAGAAUGUGAAGAUGGAGUUGCAAUUAAUAUGAAAGCAGAGGCACGGAAGAAUAUUAGAGAAGCACUAGACUACCUUAAAAUAGAGAACAUGGAUCUGGCCCUCCGAGUUAACUCAAGGUCUAGUCAGCUAAUGGAAGCAGAUAUUGGUGCAAUUAUAGGAGGAGACCUUGGUUCUUGUGCAGAUGUAACAUGCUUACCCCAGACUCUGCUCCUACCUAAAGUUGAUUCAGUUGAAGACUUGGUCACAUUUACAGAAUGCCUCAAGGCUGCAAAAGCUGGCCGUAAAUAUAAGCCCUUUUUACUUGUUUAUGUUGAGAGUGGCCAAGGAUUACUAAAUAUGAAAGAAGUUUUAGAUAAAGCUGUUGAAUUUUCAGCGGCAGAUCAUUUCCACAUAGAUGGAGUGGUCUUUGGUUCUGAUGACUUCCUAGCCGAUAUAGGUGCACAAAAAACUCAAGAAGCUAAAGAAUUGCUUUAUGCUCGUCAGAAAGUUGUAAUGACAGCAAAAGCUUUCAGACUACAAGUUAUUGAUAUUGUAUAUGUGGACAUCAAUGAUUUAACAGGACUUGAGCGACAAGCACAAGAAGGUGCACAAUAUGGAUUCACUGGAAAGCAAGUGAUACAUCCAAAGCAGAUAGCCACUGUGCAAGCAGCAUUUACCCCCAGCCCUGAAAAACAGGAUUGGGCCAGGAAAUUAAGCAGUGCUUUUGAUGAACACCAAAAAUCUGGCCAGGGUGCAUUUGUUUUUCAAGGUCAGAUGGUAGACAUGCCUUUGCUUAGGCAAGCCAAGAAUAUCCUCAAGCUUGUUGAAAAUGUUGAAAGAAAAUAAAAACAAUGUGUAAAGCCAA